CCCGUUUUAUCCGGAUCUGCACUUUGCGACGCCAGGGCCGCGCCGCCAUGGACAAGCGCAAGCUCAUGCUUGACUCGUUGGACGCAGCCUUUGCGUCGAAGAAGCCCAAGGUUGUCCCUGCAACUUCGAAAAGCGCUCCGAAGAAGUCGAUGCAACCGAAAGCGAACAAGGCCAACAAGUCCACCAACAGUGCCCUCCAUCUCAAGUUGAACCACCAAGCCAAAGCGCGCGAAGCCGUCAAGCAAAGCGAUCGCAAACAAAAAGACGCCCCCAAUCCGCUCUAUUCCAAAGUCGAUGGCCUGUUGUACACGACCAAGACGGCCAACGACAAGUCGCGCCCGCCUCUCAAGGAAUUGGAAGAGCAACUGCUUGCACUUGCGCUCGCGUCACAGCGUCCACCCGGCAAUACCAAAGACGAGUCCCUGCUCGAUAAAGUGAAAAACAAGAUCUUGCAGCUCGACAACCCGCACAAGGCAAAGCCCACGGCACAAUCCGCCGCUACAUCCUGUCAACUCGUCCGGCUCCCCCAUAAAAUGAGCAUGAAAAUGCGUCGGAAGCUUGGCUUCCAUGCCCCACCUCCCUCCAUUACUGUGGAUGAUGCUCAAGAGAUCCACCGCCUCUGGACCAUGUACAUGACAGAGUUUCUUGCAGAGAUUGCCCCAAGCACCUGCACGACCACGAGCACCUUUACUGCAUGCUACUAUGGGCCGAAGUUGCUCAAAGCUGACUUUCGUGGAUGCUGCCUGCGAGUUGUUCGAUCGUCAAGUCCGACCCUCAUCGGAGCCAGCGGCAUCGUCUUGGACGACCAUGCCAACACAUUCCACGUGCUCAAUAACGAAGGCGGCGUGCGAUGUUUUCCAAAAGACAGCACGACCUCGUUCGAAUUUGGUGUCGCGGGCAUGGUGUUUCGAGUGAACGGCGACGACUUUCGAUCCAGAUCGUAUUGAAACUUGCUAAGAAAUCAUACAUUAAAAGGUUCGGAGCCUACAUUAUUCCAUGUCUUCGUCAUCGUCUUCUUCAUCGUCGUUAUUGGCAGCAACUUUCGACACCUUCUUGGCCUUCGUGGGCGCCAGUCGCUCGUACUUGCCACCGUCCGACGUCCAUCGGCUGAGCAACUCAACGUUAAACGUGGAAAGCUUCUUAUCGAAGUGCACGAGCAGCUUGGCUUGCUCCGGCGUCAGCGUCGCGCCUUCCUUGCAGAUCGUGUGGUCGUUGUUCAGGACGAUCACGCCGCGCUUGAGGUCGAUGGGAAGCCCUAACUGGCGCAGCGAUUCCACCAUGCUGCCGACAAAUUGAGGCUGCGGGCCCGCUGGAAUUGUGACAGUUUCCGUUGCGACAAAGCCCGACUUGGCAUAGUCUUCCACGGACAAGUCUUUGAAGUACUGGACGACUUCGUCCUUGGACUUGUUGGUCAUGAGGAGCCCAACUCCACCCGAGAUGUCGGACGCCAGUUUGGACAAGUUGUCAGCGUACUCUUCUUCACGCGUGCGGCCCAACGCGACCUUCAUCACCUUAUUCUUGCCCAAGAAGAAGCGGCUGUCGCUGAAAUCGGCGCGCACGACCUUGAAGUGGUUCGUGCGCAUGUUUUCAAACGAAAACACGUACACCGUCUCGAACUCAUCCACAGCCUGGCGAAUCGCCUCUACCACACCCUUCUUGAGCUCCGCGCCCUUCUUGUUCGUCUGUGUCAGCGGCUUCGUUCGAACGCGCUUGGAUUUUGGCAUCGUACUUCAAUUUGAACUCUACAUGGCAUGCCACGGGCUGGCUGGCUGGC